AUGGGAUUAGAUGAAAAUGAAAUAAUUAAUAAUGAUUGUAACAUUGGAAAUGACAAUAAUAAUAAUAGUAAUAUUAUAUUGAAUAGACAAUUAGUUGUAAUAGUAACAGGUAGUAGUGAUGGUUUAGGUAAAGUUGUUUCUGGAAUGCUUGCCAAAACCAAUUAUUUUGUAAUUUUAGCAAAUAGAGAUUUAAUUAAAGCUAAAUUAGUAUUGGAUGAAAUUUUAUCAACAACACCAAAUAACAAAAAUGUAAUUUCAAUGAAAUUGGAUUUAUCAUCAUUUGAUUCAAUUAAAGAAUUUGUAAAUCAAUUUGAAAAAUUAAAUUUACAAUUAGAUGUUUUAAUUAAUAAUGCUGGAAUUUACACACCACCAUUUUCAUUGCCAGAAGGUUUUGAAAGUCAAUUAAUGGUAAAUCAUCUUGGUCCAUUUUUAUUAACAAAUUUAUUAAUUAAUAAAUUUACAGAGAAUGCAAGAAUUAUAAAUUUAUCAAGUAUUGCACAUAAAAAUUCAGAAAUAUUCAAUGUUGAAGAUUUAUCAUGUAAAUCAAUUGAUAGUUAUAAUGCAAUAAAGAGAUAUUCAAAUUCAAAAUUAUAUGCAAUUUUAUUUACAAAAGAGUUGAAUAGAAUUUUCAAGAAAAACAAUUCAAAAAUCAUUGCAUUAUCAUUACAUCCAGGUGUUAUUAGUACGACAAAUUUAUUUAAAAAUAUACCAAAUUAUAUAAAACUAUUAUUAACUAUAUCAAAACCAUUCACAACGACAAUUAAUACAGCUUCAACUGCAAUCUAUCGUUUAGCAGUUGGUGCUGAUCCAGAAUUACCAUUAUUAACUGGUGGUGAAUAUUUUAAUAUUAAUGUACUUGUUGAUCCAAUACCUCAAGCUUUAUCACAAGAGAAUUGGAGAUUAUUAUGGGCAAAAAGUUGUGAAUAUUGUAAAAUUGAUGACAUUGGAAAAUAA